UGCGCUGAAUUUGCUUUAUGUAAGAGAUUUACUAUUAUCUGACAGACUGACACGAUGAUCGAUAAAUUCAAGGUCGCAGUUGGCCUGCAGGAGCAGGAGGAGAAAGGGCUGAUGGGGCAAUUAGACGAGGCUGUGACGCUUACUUGGAAACAGCGGUUUAUUGGCUUUGGGGUCUGCUUCGGCUUUGGUUUUCUCUUGACUCUCAUUUCUAUCCCAAUGCUGUGGACUAUGCAAAUUACCAAGUUUGCAGUGCUGUACUCUAUUGGCAGCGUCGUCAGCGUGAUGAGCACGCUGUUUCUGAUGGGCCCUGUAAAACAAUGUCAGCGCAUGUUCGAGGAGAAGCGCAUCCUAGCCACCAUCGUCUACAUUGCCGCGAUUGCCGGCACGCUAGCAGUCGCUUUCACCACGGGCAACGCUGCGUUGUGCCUGAUCAUGCUUGUUAUCCAGUUGCUGGCGCUCGUUUGGUACUGCCUCACCUGGGUGCCGGGCGGCCAGGCGGCGCUCAAGAGCAUGAUCUUCCGGAGCUAGGCGGCUGGGCGGGGGAGGGAAAAAAGAAAUUCCAAAGUGUGGUGUGAUAAUGGAGGGAGGGAGGGAGGGGAGGAGGCAGGUGGGGAGCAGGGCAGGACAGGGCAGGGGGGCCACCGGAAGGUGGGGGCUACAUGAGGCUACCGGGCGCCUGGCGCAGGGAGACAGCCGUGUCUUGAGGAGCUCAUCAGGGUUGGCUGUUAGAGCCCUGGGCGGGGGCUAGGUGAGGCUGGCAGCUAGCAUUGAUAUGGUGUAUGCUGCUACGGUGGUGCUGGUGGUAUCCUAGUGCGUGCGGAGGUUUCUUUCUUCCCAAGCGCAAAGAGUGCGAACUGCGAACAUGUACGCUGGAAGUAAAGUGUUAGCUGCAUGUAGUGUCGCGAGCUAAGCUGCUAUUGCGCGUCCUCCGGGAGUAACUGGAGUGUGUUGUGAUUACCGUACUUGCGGGCGUGUGGGUGAAAGGAUCCUGUCUCGUGUGUGGUAGCCCCGGAUGCGUCGUCGUGACGUUUACGAAGCAGCGGUGGUGGGCUGAAUGGCUGUAGUGGCUAGAAGCUAUCCCUUUGGCUUUACUUUGUAUCCCCUCGAGCCUUUCCCCCUGUGCCCGACCGUUCAUUCGGAGGCCGGCACGAUCCGUGAGGCAACACAACCCAACCAUUGCGCUAUUUGGCACGGAGGCAGAGCCACUCUGCCCCGCCAGAGCAGACCGCCGCAUGCAUGACCAAGAGCUUCCGUAGAUGGCAGGUGGUGAUUUUGCUGUG